CGAUAAGGCAUAGAUGUCACGCAAGGUUAUCGAACAUGUGCAUUGAUAAGCGGCUAUUUCGUCGCCACAGCUUUGGAGUUAUAUUCAUAUAGUUUGCAAACACGAUGAACGCUAUAACACUCCUCGUGUCAGCCGCUUGUGUCAUACAUGCAAGCUACGGUGCCCUGUCUUUACGGCCAUACAACGAGACUGCCUACAGCAUGUUCCUGGCCAAUGACUUUGACGACAAUGGAGUAAUAACGAGACUUGAGCUCGAAUCUAGCUUUGACAAGUACGAUGCGAAUGGUGAUGGUAGAGAGUCACGACACGAGUAUACAGAAUUUAUCUGCAUGACCUCCCCAAGUCUUUACCAGCUAUCACAUUAUCUAUUUGACGAGUACGACAUGGACGGUGAUCAUCAUCUUGUUAAAGCCGAUUACGAUCAUCUCUUUGACAAGAUGGACUCGGAUGGUGACGGAUCUGUAACACCAGAUGAAUUCAUAAACUACUGGGAUUUGGUAUUCCCAAAAUACGAAAAUGUUGGACAGCACGGACAGUCACACUUGCACGGACAUUCCGCAUGUCAUUGAAUGCAUUUUGGUACAGAUACGACUUGGAUUAAAGUUGUGUAAUUAAAAUAAA